UGACGCUACGCCUCUUGCUUUAAUGGCCUCUAAAUGGUUGGUUGGAGAAGGUGGAGGAUACGAAUGAUGUCAUUGUCUGACGCCUGUGAUAGCGGGCUCUGUGAUUGGCUGGCGCCGCCCGCCAAUAAACGUUGAAUUGUUGGAUUCAAAUUGAGUGGAAAGCUGAAGAGGUCAGUUGAUGAGCGGGCGCUGCGUCAGAGUGAGGAACGUGAGUUGGGUCCUGUUAGUGUAGCUGUCUCCGCCAUGGCCCACAAGCAGAUCUACUACUCCGACAAAUACUUCGAUGAGCACUACGAAUAUCGACAUGUAAUGUUACCUAGAGAGCUUUCAAAGCAAGUACCAAAAACCCAUCUAAUGUCUGAAGAGGAAUGGAGAAGACUUGGUGUCCAGCAAAGUCUUGGCUGGGUCCAUUACAUGAUCCAUGAGCCAGAACCACACAUCCUUCUCUUUAGACGACCUCUUCCAAAAGACCAACAAAAAUGAACUUUUUUCUUCUGGAAAACUUCUAUUAAAUCUUCUGGAACUUUAUGUAUAUGAGUGUAUAUAUGUUGGUAGUAUUCAGUGAAUACUUGAAAAAAUGUACAAAACAUACAUCCGUAUCUGUGCAUGAGCUGUAUUAUUCACAGCAACAGAGCUCAGUCAAAUGCAAUUCCAGGUAGGCUGCUAUGGUGUCUAAAGAUUAAUAAAAACAUAUUCCUUUACUGUAAUAUAAAUGCCUAUUUGACUUUCUAUUAAAUUUUGUUUAAUAAAGUGUUCGUGUUGCAUGUGUACAUCCUGACUAUACACUUAUUACAUGUAUUUCUUCUUUAAAAACUUUAGUUUCAAUACUGAGCAGCUCUGUACAGCAUUGUAAUUACAAAUGUUUGACUAGUUCAAAGCCUAUAGAUUCCCAACUCUUCACAAUGGAUCUGAAGAAA